AUGUUCGGCAGGUCUUCCCUAUUCUCAACUGUCCUGACUCUCACUGUCUCCAGCUUCUUUGCAGCUGCCUCACAACAACCUUUCUCAACUCUGGACCCAUCCUUGCCCUUGGAGUCUUUCCAGGCUGCCAAUAAGGUCUUGUUUGCUUGUAGUGUUGCAGAUGGGUCAUUUGAUAAGCAGGAUAUGACAUCCAACAUGACUGCUCAACAGGUCAGCUGCCCAUACCACUACUGCAACCCCCCUCAAGUGGUACUUGUCCCAGUUCAGUUCACUGCUCCAACAUCCUUUGCUGGAGCAUCCUUGUCCAUGCACUAUCUGGUAGUGAACUUGGAGCCACUGGUACUACCUCCAUACUACUGGUACUACCUCUGUACUACUGGUAGUGAAUGUGGUACCACUGGGUACUAUGAACUCAGUACUGCUGAUACUACCUUGGGGACUGGUACUGUGAACUUGGUACCAUGCCAGUGCUACCAUGGCAAGAACCAUGUUGGGACCACCAGCAAAUAUCAGAUUCCUCCAUUGGGUGAUUUGCUACUAAUUUGA